AUGGUAAGGAGCCAGGUAAAGAAUUUGCUGUCGUUUGGGUCGGAAAUUGCACGCUGCCCGUGGAAUCCCACCCUGAAUUCUGACUUGCUGAGCAAAGGCCGGAGCCCCAGAAGCAAACAAAUACAGACUCUGAGCAAAGCUGCUGUCAUCCCGAGUGCGAGUGGCCCGCUGGCCCCUCAGGGGGCCGGGUGCUUGGCAAUGAGCCCCGUGCUGUCAGCGUUCCUGAGGGAGCUCCCCGGCUGGCUCCUGUUCGCUGGGGUCUUCCUGCCUGUGACUUUGCUGCUCCUCCUCCUCAUCGCCUACUUCAGGACCAAACUGAUGGAGGUGAAUGAAGAAUUGUCCCAGACCACCAGUCAUCACCAAUACAAACGCAGGGCUGGCUCUUCCCAGUACCAGAGAACAAAACGAAGGUGACUUGGGGACCGGUCAAUGGCUAAAACACAGUGAAUUUCUACUGGUCAGCGGCUUAGCUAAUAAAGUAAGUUAAUAAACUCGAACAACAGCAAAAACAGAAAGAAUACUAAGAGGCUUAUUCUUAACCACAUUGAAAAGUGGCAGCUAUUAUCCAGGGGGACAACCACGAGACUCAGUCAAUAGCAGUUCAUCAGAGAGUACAAAGAAUAUGAUUUGCUUGGAUGUCGACUGGACAUUUUGCAAUUUUUUUACCUUUUAUAGGACUAGGUCCACUCUGAUGGGCACUCUUUUUCAUUUUUUAAAAUAUUUUUGUUUAUUUCUGAGACAGAGAGACAGAACACGAGUGUGGGAGGGGCAGAGAGAGAAGGAAACACGGAAUCUGAAGCAGGUUCCAGGAUCUGAACUGUCAGCACAGAGCCCGACACGGGGCCCGAAUCCACAAACCGUGAGAUCAUGACCUGAGCUGAAGUCAGACGCUUAACCAACUGAACCACCCAGGCACCCGUGAUGGGCACUAGUUUUAAAAUAAAAUUCUUUUGUAAAAUAUUUUACGUAAGUAAUCUACGCUCAAUGUGGGGCUCGAACUUACAACCCCAAGAUCAAGAGUCACUUGCCCUACUGACUGAGCCAGCCAAACACACCUUGAAAUAAAAUUCUGAAGUAUCCUUAUUGCAUAAUCCCAUAGAAGCAUACAUUAUUCUGACUUUACAGAUGAAGAAAUUCUGGUAGACAGCAAAUGGAUAGCAAAAGACGAGUGCCCGGAGAGCUCUGUGGAUUCCCUUUGCGAGAGCACUCCCACUUCCUCCGUUUAGACCAUGCGACAAGUCUUAAAUGGUGUUCUUUCAGACAGCAUUUCCGGCCCCGAGUUUGCUUCUCUCCCUUUCCCAGCUGCCUUCACAAAUCACAUCAUCCUUGUCACAACCCACAAAAUCAGCAGAGUCUCUCCAUGCUUGGUAUGGAUCACCCAUGAAUGCGGAUUUCAGCAAAAAAUGACUUGGAGAUACUGGCAACGUGCUGUUGGGAAACGGGAAGAACAGAACCUUCAUGUAGCUCAGAUGGAAAACCAAAACAUCAAGGAACUAUUUCUAAAUGCAGAAAGAAGUCAACAUUUCACUAGCAGAGUUCUUUUUUCAGGGGGAGCCCCAACGAGCCAACGCAGAUAACUAAAAACAAAGUGGUGGUUAAAAUAGAUUGUGAUUACUGUUGUGCUCUCUGCAGUUUUCUGGUUAACAUCAACAAAAGAUGCUUCCCGUGUCCUAAGUGUGGGUCCGGUUAUAUUCCAAUCAUUGCAUGUGAAUCUAACAGGCUAUUAGGGUGACUCCCUUUAUAAAACGUAAUGAGUUUGGCCACCUGGAAGAAAUGCACCGGCUUGUGUGGCGACAUACAAUCUUACAGCAGAUUGUGUGAAUGACCAAAAGCAACAAUACACGACUGGUCUGGUUUUCUUAGCUCCCCACCCCUCCCUGCUCCAAAUUCCUCACACGCGUCCAAAGUCAUUAGCCUCCAUUUGCACUUCUUGUAUAAUGUGAAACUCAAGUGUUGGAAGACACUCAUUUCUGUGUUUUAUUGCAUUUGAUUACAAUGGAGCUGUCUGCUGCGGCUUUCAGACUGUGGUAAUUUAAAAUAACAGUGUUCGUGCCAUAUGGAAGGAAUAAUAAUAUUCUAUCCGUUCUGGGAGGGAUCUCUUUUUAGCCCCUGAUGGAAA